CAGUGAAACGUCACGCAUAAACGUACAUAAAGGUUUUGAACCUGAAAGCGGCUCAGUUUGUCCAGCGACCGUUGAUCUGUCUCCGUCUACAAUUCUCAUGUUGUUGGUGAACUUCGAAGAGUUCAUGUACGCUUCUUCUCUCUGGACUUUCUUCCUCCUCUCGGCUUCCGUCUCCUGCUCACCUGUUAAAGGUGAGCAUCAGGUGAUUGGUUCACCUCAGCCAGUCGUGGCUGCUUCAGGUGAUGAUGUCAUCCUGCCAUGCCACCUGGAUCCUCCAAUUGAUGACAAGAGGCUUAUCGUGGAGUGGUCAAAGCUUGAUCACAAGGCGGGUUUCGUGCACCUGUACAGGUACGGACAAGAAGUCCUGGAUAUGAAGCUCCCGUCGUACGUCAACAGGACGAAACUUUUCACAGUCGAGCUGAAACAUGGAAACGUAUCCCUCAAGAUCCUGGACGUGACGUCUGCAGAUGAAGGAAGAUACAGAUGUUUCCUGCCAAAGUUAGCAAAGUAUUCAAUUGUUCACCUUAAUGUUGAUCCAAACCUUAAAAACCAGACGACAGAGACGACGCCCAGAAACCUCCCAACUCCAGAUCCAGGAGACGGGACGGACGGUAGAGCUGAUCAGACCGGUCCCAUCGUUUGGAUCCUGCCUGUGGUUCUCCUCGUCCUGCUGAUCCUGGCUGCUGGACUCAGAUACUUGAUUAGACAACGGUGUAAAAAACUAGAUGUAAGUAAAUAAACACACA